AUGAGGUUAACAGAAAAGAGUGAGGAAGAACAACAACCCAAGCCCAACAACUCUAAUGAACCCAAUGAAGAUCAAGAAGAAGAAAUCCAACAGUCAGAACAGCAUACUCCAGCAAGGCAGCGAACACAAAGAGCAGACACACAGCCAUCCAGAUGUCGAUUGCCUUCACGUAGGACACCUGCAACAUCCAACGACAGAACUAUCAACCUUCUUGAAGUCCUUCCAUGGCCUACUGAGUCGAUUUCCAACCCCUAUCGAUUGCCUGCUCUUUUUGAACUUUAUCCUGAAUUUUUUCUGGUGUUUAAAGAAGCUUUCCACGACAUAUCCCAUCGUCUGAAAGCCCAGAUGGAAAAGAUAGGACUGCCCAUCAUACUCCACCUCUUUGCACUCUUCAUACUCUACCUCUACAAGUUUUUCCUUCCUACAAUUCUUUCCCUUUCUUUCUUUAUUCUUCUUGAACUUUUGCUUCUGCUUUUUAUUAUUGUCUUCAUUCUGAGCUUCUUUUGA